GAGUGGGACGGAAGCGCGAGGGCAGAACACGCAGAGACAGAACAGCAACCUGUCACCACAGCGUAUAGAGCGCAGACCUAACAGAGUUACUAUACCGGGAAACUGGAACGGACAGGGAUGGGGUGUCCGGGAUGUCUGUUUCGUCCGUGAGAAACCACAUAAGGAACUAUCGAAACAGACACUGCAAAGCGAGGCAGGAGUUUUAAUUGCAAGGAAAAUCUGGAUAUAACAGUUCCUUUUAUUAUUGCCGUUGGAUAAGUUGUUUCCAACUUUGCUUGACGGGUCGGAGUGGGCUACCAACUGUGCUUCCAGUGGAGAGUUUCGUCUUGGCGAGACAGGAGCGGAUAUAAACAGCCGCUGACCGCGCACUCCGAAGUGGACUAAUCUUUCCCCAGCACCCGAUGGACUAGCCUAGCAGGCAACGCCCGGAACCCAAUUAGUUGAUCAAUUUGGAUUCUUAGCGGGAUUACUUUGGACCUUUCCCCCCUCGUAACAAUGAGUCGGGCUGUGUGCACUCUUGCGGCGGUAGCGCUCUCCCUCGCGCUGCUGUGCGGUCCAGGAUCCAUUGGUCUGGUGCGUGCAUUCGGCGACGAGACAGAGGAGAUGACGUGCGACCCGAUACGCAUCGCCAUGUGCCAGGACCUGGGCUACAACGUCACCAAGAUGCCCAACCUGGUGGGCAACGUCCUGCAGUCAGACGCCGAGCUCCAGCUCACCACCUUCACACCACUCAUACAGUAUGGCUGCUCCAGCCAACUGAAGUUCUUCCUGUGUGCGGUGUACGUGCCCAUGUGUACAGACAAGGUUCCCAUCCCCAUCGGGCCGUGUGGCAGCAUGUGUCUAUCUGUCAAGAGGAAGUGUCUGCCAGUCCUAAUAGAGUUUGGCUUUGUCUGGCCAGAGCUGCUCAACUGCAGCCUGUUCCCCCCUCAGAACGACCACAACCACAUGUGUAUGGAGGGUCCGGGGGACGAGGAGGCCCCCUACCACCCGGUCCGACCCCUGCCCCCCCAGGAGGAGGAGUGCCAGGCCCUGGGGGCCGGGCCAGACCAGUAUGCCUGGGUGAGGCGGAGCCACAGCUGUGCACUGCAGUGUGGGUAUGACGCGGGGCUGUACCGGCGCGAGGCCAAGGUGUUUACAGACGUGUGGAUGGCAGUGUGGGCGGUGUUGUGUUUUCUCUCUACCACCCUGACCGUCCUCACCUUCCUCCUGGACUCAACACGUUUCUCCUACCCUGAGAGACCCAUCAUCUUCCUCUCCAUGUGCUCCAACCUCUACAGCGUGGCCUACCUGGUGCGCCUGACUCUGGGUCGGGAGCGUGUGUCCUGUGACCUGGAGGAGGCAGCGGUACCUGUUCUGGUACAGGAGGGGUUAAAAAGUACUAGCUGUGCCAUUGUCUUCCUCCUGCUCUACUUCUUUGGCAUGGCCUCCUCGUUGUGGUGGGUGAUUCUGACACUGACCUGGUUCCUGGCUGCAGGGUUAAAGUGGGGUCACGAGGCCAUUGAGAUGCACAGCUCCUACUUCCACAUAGCAGCCUGGGCAAUCCCCGCCAUCAAGACCAUUGUCAUCCUCAUCAUGCGACUAGUAGAUGCUGAUGACCUCACGGGGCUGUGCUACGUGGGUAACCUACAGCAGGAGGCAGUGACGGGUUUUGUGGUCGCCCCGCUCGCUGCAUACCUCCUCAUCGGCACUCUGUUUAUCUGCGCCGGCUUGGUGGCCCUGUUUAAGAUCCGCUCCAACCUGCAGAAGGACGGGGCCAAGACGGACAAGCUGGAGCGUCUGAUGGUGAAGAUCGGGGUGUUCUCUGUGCUGUACAUGGUACCUGCGUCCACCGUGAUAGGCUGCUACCUCUACCAGCUGUCCCACUGGGGGGACUUCAGGGCCAGUGCCAGGGACUCAUAUGUGGCAGCAGAGAUGCUGAGGAUCUUUAUGUCUCUGCUGGUGGGCAUCACGUCGGGCAUGUGGAUCUGGUCGGCCAAGACCCUCCACACCUGGCAACGCUGCUCUGCCCGCCUUUGGAGGGAUGGCCGGGCAGGGAGGAGCAAGCGGGCACCGGGGGACAGCUGGAUAAAACCUGGCAAGGGCAAUGAGACGGUGGUGUGAGUAGAGAGGGAGAGAAAGAGGGGGAGAUAGGAACCGGGUGGCUUUUUAAAGCAAACCUGCCCCCAAACCCACUGCUAGUGCCUCUACCUGAUGUAGGAGAGCGAAAGAGAGAAG